CGGAAUGUAUCCCCUAUAACUUAUUACGUUGCUAAGUAACUUCGAAAUGUCAACAUAAAUAAACAGUUAGACGAUUGCGAAAAAUAGAUUGCAAUUUUUAGAUCUAGAGUUUGAAUUAUUAUGCAAAGAAUAAAAUGAUAUCCGUAUGUGAAAAAACCAAGAGUUUAAUGCCACCCGAAAGCAUGGAAAUAAUACGAAAACACACUUUUUCGAGCCCAAAAGAAUAUUCCAAUUUAUUAGACUGGAGUAAUGAAUCAUUCUGGGAAGAUUUACCGAAUCCCAAGCACAAUUCAUCGACGAACAAACCAAUUAAGUCAACUAAUAACAUACCUUCAAAAACAAUUAGUAUUGAAACAGUAUUUGGAGACUUAUUAAAAACGAAUCCAAAUCAAAAUAACCAGAAAAUAAUUGCGCAAGAACAAUUUUUUAACAAAAAAACUCAAUUUUUAUCUGAGAAAUAUUUCAACAUAUGGAAAACUGCAGUUGAACUAAAAAAGGACCAAAAAAGACAAGAAGAGGCAAAGUUAAAUCAAACUACAAAGCUUGAUACUUUCAUGAAGAAAUUGAAAAAACGAAGAAAAAGUGAGAAGGAAGGAAUAAAUAUCAAGGAAGAAAAAGCAAAGAUACGUGUAGUAGUUAAAGACGUAUCUAGUAGUGUUGUUAAACCUUGCUCGAGUUUUAAAAAUAGGUUUGAUGUACAAAAAUCGAUCAUAGAGUUACAAAAAUCGAAACUGGAGGAACAAAAUAGGAUAAUCCAGGAUUUAAAACUAGGAAUAAUCAACGACGAUCUUCUGAAAUCAAUAGAAAACACAAAAAUCAAUAUUAGGGAAAUAUUUGGAAGUUGUUCCGGGAAAAACAAAUACAAAAUUCCUCUAAUUUUAGGCGAAGAGCCUAAAUUUUCCAUUACCUCACAGGUAGCGCCAAAAAUAGUGCAAAAAAUGGAGCAGAGGGCUCUAGAAAGGGCGAAAAAUAGAGAAAUAAUUUUAGAAAGGAAAAAACUGAUCGAAGAGAAACGAGAGAGAAUGCUGCAGGAAGCAAUAGAAAGGAAGCGUGUCUUGGAGGAGGAGGAGAAGAAACGGAGUUUGGAAAUAAUUAAAGAAAGAAGACGAAAAGAAAUGGAGAUGGAAAAGAUCCGGUGCAUGAAUAAGCAAAAAUAUAUGGCGAAGUUGAAUACAGCUGUUGAAUUUUACAACAGAUUAUUAUUAAAACAGACUUUACUUCAGUUGUAUAGUUACAUGAAAGAUGGACGUGAUAAACGUUUUCUGGCUGUUGACUAUUAUGAAAAGAAAAUUUUGAAAGAAUCUAUAGUAUCUUGGCAACAAGUUGUGGAAAGUGCCUACAAAGUUAAAUACGAAAUUGCAGAUGCUCAUUUUGAAUACAAGUUAUUAAAGAGAAGCAUACAAUGUUGGCAAAAGAUUCAUGUAGAAAGCAUUAGAAAUAUGCAAGUGGCAGAAGAUUUGUAUGAUUUUCGACUAACAAGUAAUGUUUUUAUUCACUGGAAUCGAUACGUUUGCAUAGAAUUUAUGAUUCAACAUAAAAUGAUGAAGAAAGCCGAAAGCCACUAUAAAAGGUGGCUUCUCUUCCACUAUUUUCAUCUCUGGAGAUCGCUUAAAGCCGUCAACGAAUUGUUAAAGGCAAAGGAACUAAAAAAGGCUAGGUGGCGGCAAAAAGUUUGGGAAAUUUUACCUGACUACAAACCUCUCGAUCCUAUCGACAUUUAGCUCCAAAUAUGUCCGAUUAUAAUUAGUUAGGACAUACAUUUAUAUAGUUUUUAAUAUACGGUUGUCUUUUUUACAUUUAUAUAGUACUUUUACAAGAAUAAAACUUUCUGAACACA